AUGGACUCCUACAACCGCGCCAGGAGUUCCGCAACCUGGUUUCCGUUCAGCGACGAUAGCUUGCGGGCAUUCACACCGUGUGCUUCACUCACGGACACCGCAAGCGUCUCUGGUAUAGGAGCAGACCUGAGUCAAGUGCUGUACUGGCUCGGCAAACAAGCCAUCGGUGCUGCCCUUUCUAUCUCGAUACGCCGACGCCUUGCUGCCAUAAACACGUUUAUCUCAAACCGACCUGCCAUUCGUCGCCUAGUUGGGCAUGACAUAUUCAUGCAGCAGUUACACGACGUCUGCGAAGAUCUCCUGGAAUUUUAUGCAUACUCUAUCAUCGUCAUAAAGUCAGGCUUCCCAGAUGUCCUAGCUAGCUGUGGCUUGGACCAGUCCCAAGACCCGAGGAUUCUCUAUCCAGCCGCUCAGCUGGCCCGCAUCAUCAAGGCGUACAAAGACCUCUCGUGUGAUUGUUCAAUUUGUCUCAACUACCACAACGUAGGUAAAUCCACCUCUGCGGAUUCAAUCACUGAUGUUUCCUAG